UGUCUACCUUGAAUGGCGGGUUAUUUGCUAGUUCAUUUCUCCGUUUUCUAUGAAAACUACAACUUAUUCAAACUUAAAAAAGAUUGGCUGUUUAUCCGGAGUCAUUUUUUGAACAAACACAUACUAGAAGAAAUCAUAAAAUGGCAGUUAGUAAACCUGCCCCUGGAGUAAUUAGAAAAUUAGAUGAAGUAGUUGUUAAUAGAAUAGCUGCAGGGGAAGUAAUUCAGAGACCUGCAAAUGCCUUAAAAGAAAUGAUAGAAAAUAGUUUAGAUGCAAAGUCUACAUCCAUUCAAGUAACAGUAAAGCAAGGAGGAUUAAAACUACUACAGAUACAGGAUAAUGGAUCAGGUGUUAGGAAGGAAGAUAUGGAAAUUGUAUGUGAGAGAUUUACUACAAGUAAAUUACAGAAAUUUGAAGAUCUGAAUUCCAUAGCAACUUAUGGUUUCCGAGGUGAAGCACUUGCUAGUAUUAGUCAUGUUGCCCAUGUGACAAUAACAACUAGAACAGCUGAUUCAAAGUGUGCUUAUAAGGGCAUGUAUUCAGAUGGAAAGUUAAAGGAACCAGUGAAGCCUUGUGCUGGAAAUAUUGGAACACAAAUUACAGUGGAAGAUUUAUUUUACAAUAUUACAACUAGGAGAAAAGCAUUAAAAAGUCCUUCAGAUGAGCAUGCUAAGGUUGUAGAGGUUGUCAGCAGAUAUGCAGUUCACAACAGUGGUGUAGGAUUUACAGUUAAGAAGCAUGGAGACAGUACAGCAGAUGUGAGAACCCCAGUUAAUUCUACACCUGUAGACAACAUCAGGACAAUAUUUGGUCCAUCCAUUGCCAAGGAACUUCUGAAUAUAAGCCAUGAAAACCAACAGAUGUCAUUUAAAUUAAAUGGAUAUAUCACUAAUGCUAAUUAUUCAAUGAAGAAAUGCACAUUUUUAUUGUUCAUUAAUCAUCGACUUGUUGAUUCAGGAUCACUGAAGAAAGCAAUAGAUAAUGUGUACCAAGCCUAUCUUCCCAAAAACAUGCAUCCAUUUCUUUAUCUCAGCCUAGAGAUUGCACCACAGAAUGUGGAUGUAAAUGUCCACCCAACUAAGCAUGAGGUUCACUUCCUGCAUGAAGAUGCUAUCAUUGAAAAUAUACAAGAAGUUAUAGAAACAAAAUUAUUGGGAUCAAACCAGUCAAGGACAUACUACACACAAGCACUACUUCCCGGAGCAUCUGUAACUUUACCAGAUGAAAAGGGAGAUAAUUCUUGCUUAGGUGGUAAAGACAAACCAUAUGCUCAUCAAAUGGUUAGAACAGACAGUAGAGAUCAAAAGUUGGAUGCCUUUGUUAAACCUAAACAAGUAGAAAGUCUAACAAAUUCUGACAGUGCUAGUAUGGGUGUAAAUGAAACAAGUAAAGGUUCAUCUGGAAUUGACGCUCCUAAAUGUGGAACAAACCCUAAACGUAGAGAAAUUAAACUCACCAGUGUGCUGAGCUUACAAGAGGAAUUGAAGAAAAAUAUACAUUCAGGAGUGCGGGAUAUGUUUCAAAAUAAUACAUUUGUUGGAUGUGUGGAUGAAGAAUUUUCUUUAAUGCAACAUCAGACUAAAUUAUAUUUAGUAAAUACUACUAAGUUAAGUGCAGAACUGUUUUAUCAGUUAACAGUUUUUGACUUUGGAAAUUUUGGACUUCUUCGUCUUUCAGAACCUGCCCCAAUAUAUGAGUUAGCCAUGUUAGCAUUAGACCUUGAAGAGAGUGGAUGGACAGAGGCUGAUGGACCUAAGGAAGACUUGGCCAAAUAUAUUGUAGAAUUUCUCACUAGUAAAGCAGAGAUGUUACUGGAUUAUUUCUCAAUAGAACUUGAUAGUUCUGGAAACCUGUUAACUCUUCCAAUGCUGAUAGAUGACUUUGUACCAAAUAUGGAAGGUUUACCAAUGUUUAUUCUUAGACUAGCAACAGAGGUUAAUUGGGACUCAGAAAAAGAAUGUUUUGACACUUUUGCUAGAGAAACAAGUGAUUUUUAUAGUAUGAAGAAAAGUAUGUUCCAAGAUAAAAAUUCUGAUUCUCAGGAAGAAGAUGCGGAUAAAAGUUGGAAAUGGACGAUAGAACAUGUGUUAUACCCAGCUUUUAGAACUUUUUUAUUUCCCCCCAAAUCUUUUGCAGAAGACUCUAGUAUAUUACAGAUAGCCAAUCUACCUGACUUGUAUAAAGUAUUUGAAAGAUGUUGACUAUUAAAUAUUUUUUUCUGUAUUAACUUGUUACUUAUUUUUAAAGAAGAUUUUUGUUGAAGUAGAAUCAGAAAUAGCAAUUGUUUUUAAGGUUUCUGACAUCUUAAUAUAGAUAAGAUAUAAACCAUUUUAGUUAUCAAGAUAUAAUUAACAAGAUUAAAUGCAUUUUUAACCGGAUUUUCAAAGUAAAAAUCAGUUAUUGAUUUGGGGAUGUACGGCGGGCGGGCGGCUGCCAAACAGUGUCCGUUUAUUUACAUGAAAACGCUUUGAAGAAUUUUUUCAAAUUUAGAUAUGUUUUUUCCUGUGAUUAAAUGAAGGUCAAGUUAAAUUUUCACAAUUUUAGCUUUUCUCAUUCAGUUAUAGCCCUUUUCCAAGAAUUCAAUUUUUGAUGAAUUAAUCCAUUUCUGUACAAAGGGAAAUAAUUCAUUUUUUAAAAGACAUUGUAUUAAAGAUAAAUGUCAUUUUGGAUUUUUUUUUUUUUUUUGGUAAAUUGUAUGAAGAAUUUUGUGGUAGGUUUGUUUGUUAUUCUGUAUAAACUAAUUUUCUGAAUGCUAUAUGUAUAUAUUUUUUUUUAUGAAGUGAACUCCUUUAAUUAGAUAAUAAUCUGUUUUAAUUAUAGGAUAUAUUUCAUUACA